AUGGAGGAUCCUGAAUUGGAAGCAUUGAGAAUUGAGUCGGAGAGCCAGGUGCUGUACGAGGUCAAGGACAAGGUGGUAGUCAUUACACUGAACCGCCCGCGGCAGUACAAUGCGAUGAACAUCUUCCACUAUUGGGCGCUGGAGGAGCACGUCAAGCGGGCUGCAGAGGAGCCUGGCACGGUUGCCACGCUUAUCCAGAGCACAGGCAAGUAUUUUUCGGCUGGUGCGGACGUUGGAUCGACUGCGAGCGCGCCGAUGGCCCAAUCCGAAGGGUACAAGAUCGACUGGAUGGCUCGCCGUGACUUGGCCGGGCGCUUCACAGGACGCAAUGCGAUUAUUGCCGAUACUUUCUGGAACCACCCCAAAGUACUGGUUGUUGCUUUGAAUGGCCCAGUUGUCGGCCUUACCACGGGCAUUGUUUCGCUUUCCGACUUCAUUUUUGCCCGUGAAAAUGCCUUCAUGCUGGCUCCCUUCGCCAACCUAGGUCUCGUGGCCGAGGGCGGAGCGUCUUUCGCGUUGCCUGUUCGUUUGGGCCUCUCGCUUGCCAACAAGGCUCUUUUGGCUGCCGAGCCCAUUCAUGCCGACGAAAUGUACCGCGCCGGGUUCGUCAACCAGGUCUUCCCCGCGUCCAUGUCCACCGAGGAGUUCAAUGCCGAGGUUCUCAAGUACGUGCAGCACCGGUUCAGCACGCUGUCGCCUCAAUCAUUGAAGGAAAUCAAGCAGCUCAUCCACCAGCCCUACCAGGCACACUUCAGCCAAGCAAACUCGGCCGAGAUCAUUGGCGGGUUGGACAAGUUCGCUCGCGGCAUCCCGCAGGAGCGGUUCGCGCUGAUUGCGACAGGUAAACUAAAGCAUAAACUAUAA